UCAAUCUAAGCCAAGUGAUUAGGUUGGCCAUGAACACACACAUACUCUGCACUUGUUCUAAUUAUCUUCUGCACUAAACUUUCUUAACCAAUUCGGAUAUGUCUUGCUCAACCAAGAAAUAUGAUGUUUUUCUUAGCUUCAGAGGCGAGGACACACGCACAAACUUCACUAGCCAUCUUUACACUGCUCUUGAUCAAAAGUCAAUCAGAACUUACAUAGAUUAUCAACUCAACAGAGGAGAAGAUGUUUGGCCACCACUGGCCAAAGCGAUCGAGAACUCGCAUGUAUCGGUUGUGGUUUUCUCAGAGAACUAUGCUUCUUCAAAAUGGUGCUUGGAGGAACUUGUCAAGAUUCUCCAAUGCAGAAAGGAUUUUGGCCAGGUUGUUAUUCCAGUGUUCUAUGAAACAGAUCCAUCACAUAUAAGAAAGCAAAGUGGGAGUUAUGGGAAGGCAUUUGCAAAACAUGAGCGUGAUCUUUGUGCAGAGGGAAGAUACAGUGAUUCCAACAAACACAAAGUAGAGAAUUGGAAAGCUGCUCUCACUGAAGCUGCCAAUAUUUCUGGGUGGGACUCUCGGAACCACAAGGACGAUUCUCAACUGAUUGCAAACGUGGUUAAUGAUGUACUGCAAAAGCGUUACUUGAGGCACCCUAUUGAACUAAAAGGCCUUGUUGGAACUGAAGAAAUCUGCAGAAAUGUCGAAUUGUUAAUGAAAAGAGUUCGAAUAAUUGGAAUUUGGGGCAUGGGUGGAAUAGGUAAGACAACCAUUGCAAAAGUGUUGUUUGCCAAACUGUUUCCUCAGUAUGACAAUGUGUGCUUUGUGGUGAAAGAAAUCUCAGUUGAUAGGCUUCUGUUCGAGCUGUUAAAGGAAGAAAUUUCCACAUCUAACCUGGUAGGACUCGCAUUCGACAUGAAGAGGCUUAAUAACAAAAAGGUCCUCAUUGUGCUAGAUGAUGUGGAUAGUCUUGAUCAAUUGGAACAUUUGUGUAGAGAUUUUCGAGAUCUAAGUGAAGAUAGUCGACUCAUCAUAACUACAAGAAAUAGGCAAUUGCUUGCUGGAAGAGUUGAUUGGAUAUAUAAGGUUGAGAAAUGGAAAGCAUCUGAAUCUCUACAGCUUUUUAGCCUGGAAGCCUUCAAGGAAACUCAUCCUCAAAGGGGUUAUGAAGAUCUCGCCGCAAUGGCAGUUAAGUAUGCUGGAGGCAUUCCCUUAGCUUUGAAAGUUUUGGGUUCGUAUCUUCGUUCGAAAAGUAUCAAAUUUUGGGAAAGUACUUUGAGAAAACUCAACAAGUAUCCCAAUGAGACGAUUGUAAAUUUGUUGAAGGUAAGCUAUGAUGGAUUGGAUGAUCUAGAGAAGAAGAUAUUCUUGGACAUUGCAUUUUUUUUCAAUGGAGAAGAGAAAGAUCAUGUCAUAAGCAUACUAGAUGCCUGUGGAUUUGAAGCAAGUAGUGGAAUAGAUGUUCUUGAAGAUAAAGCUUUGAUAACCAUUUCAUAUAACAACACAAUAGAAAUGCAUGAACUGCUACAAAAAAUGGGUUUUGACAUAGUGCGUAGAGAAUGUAGCGGAGACUUUGCAAGACGAAGUCGAUUGAGGGAUACUGAAGUUCGUGCUGUACUUAAAGAUAAUAAGGGGACUGAUGCAGUUGAAGGCAUAACGUUAGAUUUAUCUCUAAUCAAAGAUAUUCAUUUGAGUGUUGACACAUUCAACAAGAUGAAUAACAUGAGAUUUCUAAGAUUCUAUAUCCCCUUGGGUCAGAGUCCUGGCCAUGUGUACCUUCCAAGAGCUCUUAAGUCAUUUUCCAAUAAACUGAGGUACUUUGAGUGGAAUGGAUAUCCUUUAGAGUCUCUUCCUUCAACUUUUCAUGCUAAGUUGCUUGUUGAAAUUCGCAUGCCGCACAGUCGUGUCGAACAACUUUGGAGGGGAAAACAGGAACUUGAUAAUUUAGAGGGCAUUGACCUAAGUGAUUGCAAACAUUUGAUAAUGCUUCCGGAUUUGUCGAAGGCGUCAAGACUUAAAUGGGUGAAUCUAUCAGGUUGUGAGAGUUUGUGUGCUCUUCAUUCAUCUAUUUUGUCCUCUGAUACACUUGCCACUUUGAUACUAGAUAUGUGUACAAAUCUGGGGACUGUGAAAGGUGAAAAGCAUUUAAAAUCUCUGAAGAAUAUUAGUGUCAGUGGGUGCUCAAGUCUCAAGGAAUUUGAAGUGUCAUCUGAUUUAAUUGAGAACUUGGAUUUAAGCAACACAGAAAUUGAGACGCUAGACACAUCAAUUGGGAAUCUACCUAAUCUUAUAUGGCUCAAUUUAGAAGGUUUGAAGCUUAAGCAACUUCAAAAGGAGUUAUGUUUCUUGACAUCACUCAAGGAGUUAAAGCUUUCUUACAGUGGACUAGUAAUUGACAAGCAGCAACUGCAUGUGCUGUUUGAUGGCUUGAGAUCUCUACAGAUACUUCAUCUGAAGGAUUGUGCUAAUUUGUCUGAAUUUCCCGACAACAUUGGCGCUUUAUCGAAACUACAAGAGUUAAGGCUAGAUGGAAGCAGUGUGAGGAGUUUGCCUACAAGCAUCAAACAUCUUUUAGCGCUUGAGAUUCUAUCGUUAAAGAAUUGCAGGGAGCUUCUGAGCCUACCGGAGCUUCCGUCUUUCAUCAAGGAAUUCUAUGCCCCUAACUGCACCUCAUUGGAGACAGUAUCAAAUUUCAAAAGCUUUGCGAUGAAGAUGGUGGGAAAGACGAAACACAUUUCAUUCAAGAAUAGCUUGAAACUGAAUGGAAACUCACUGUAUUCUAUCAUGGAAAGCUUGCAUUUAACAAUGUUGAGUGCUGCAUUUCACAAUGUGUUGGUAAGAAGAUUCCAUGUGGCCAUCCAUAGUUAUAAUUAUAACUGUAUGGAUGCCUGUUUACCAGGAAGCAGAGUCCCCGAGCAAUUCACAUUUCGAAUAACAAACUCUUCCUCCAUUACCGUUCAUCUUCCUACCUGUUCCAACUUGCUGGGCUUCAUCUACUGUGUGGUUCUCUCACCAUCCAAUGGAAUGAAGCAGUGCGGUGCAAAAAUACAGUGUGAAUGCAAUUUGGCAGGAGGCCUAAAGGCUACAUGGCAAGAUAAAGCAGUUAGUGAGCUGAACUCGUAUCAUGUUUAUUUAUUGUAUGAUCCAUUCCAUUGUGACAACAUUCUCAGAUUUUAUGAACCAAAGGUCUAUUUUGAGUUCAGUGUAACAGCUGACACAGGGGAAGUUGAUGGAUCUAUAGCUAUUCAAGAGUGUGGUGUACACCUCAUAAGUGAUUCAGAAUUGCAGUGUGUUUUACCAGAACUGGAAAUGGAUUUAGACAAGAGGAAGGACUUGGAGAAGGGAUCCCCCUCCCCCUCCUCCCUCAACCCCUCCACUCCCACGAGAAUGGAAUCUAAUUGCAAGAAAAUCAAGAAUGGUGAUAGAAAAGGUCUUGAGGAAAAUAACUCAGAGUCAACAAAAGCUGUCAAAAGCAAAGGAAAUGAAGAAAGGCCAAUUGAUUUUGAUGCUGGAUUGGAUCUGCUUGUUAAUUCAGAUUCAGCCAGCAAAGAAUAUGCGCCUGAAGACAUGCCACUUCAAAACUUUUAUGAUCAACCAAAUACCACAGGAGGAUCUAAGCACUAUAAAGAAAAUCCAAUGCUACUAAGAAGACAACUCCUGGUUCAUCCUGAAAUUAAUGAUCUGACCGUUGAAAAACCAAACCAGGAAAGAAAAAAGGAAAGAAUGGGUCUCGACAAACCUAAAGUCGAAGAUGAGCCAGAUGAAGAUCCUCUUGCUGAACUUGAGAGCAUCUUGUUGGGAAGACAGAAGUCGUUGCUGAAACCAGCCUGUUCUGCAAGCGAUGUUGCCAUAAGGGAAGCUCUGCAUAAUCUUGAAUGCAUACUCGAAAAGUCACUUGAAAACAUUCUUGGUGACAUUGAAUUACAACACAAGUUACAAAUUUCUUUGCAAUGCAUAGAACAGGCAUCAGAUGAAGAAGUUUCUCCCAGUAUAACAAAGCUUGUCAAAAGCAUGACAUCUUCUGUUGAGGAUCUGAUCAAAAGUUUUGCGUCGACCCAAAAAGUAGUUGAAGACCACACUAGCCGCUUGGAACAAAAAGAAAAACUUGUGCAGAAAAUGUUAGAUGCUAGGAAACAGCAAGAAUUAGUAAAAGAAAGAAUGAAACAAUACAAGAUUCAAGCAGAAAGUGUUGAGAGAGAGGUUGAAGAUCUUGACGAACAAAUUCGAUUUCUUGUCGAACAAAGAAAAAUCAUCCAAAUGAAACGGACCAAGUUGAAUAAGGACUUGGAAGAAUGCGAUGGCAAAAGGAGGAAACUAACAGAUGAGGCUAAGGAUUGGGUAGCUGAAAGCAAGGAGCUAAUGUUGGCAAUUAACAAUUCUGAAGUCUCAUAUGCAAGUGCAAUAUCUAAGCAAGAGAAGUUGAAUGAGAAAUGGGAAGGUUUUCGAGAAUCUUUUUCACAAAAGAAGUUAAAACCUUAUCCUAGAAUAAUGUUGUAGUAACAGUUUUAACAAGCUGUUCUAAACUUCUAAUCUCUUAUUUUUUCUCUCUGAUCCCAGUAACAAUAACAUACUGUGCAGUCAGCUAAAUGGAUUAGUGUGUUCAUCAUAAAUCGUAUUUGAU